CUCUGCAGAUACAUACCCACUCUCUGCCUUCUCUUCCUUUGCUUGAAAUGGAGGUUUACCCUGAGUAUCUCAUGAAACAAUCACUUGAGAGACUGACUUGUAACCUCUCCUUCUCAGCUGUCGUAUAGAGAAGACUUCAGCCACUAAACUCAGAACUUCCCGUCUGUGAACCACGGGCUGUGCUAUCUAAAUAACAAGUGAUCCGGCUGAAGAAGUGUCCUCUUGGGUCUGAGAGAAGCCAAGAACAAUGAGUUCCCCAGAAGAAAUUGAAAAUAUUCAAAGAUUGUUCCAGUACCAGCAUUCGUUUGUAACUUUCAAGGUCAUUUCCACUGCCUCUGAGCUGGGCGUCUUUGACCUGCUGAGGGAGUCGGGGGAGCUGCUCUCCUCCACGGCUGUCGCUGAGCGCCUGGGCACCAGCCACACCGGGACGCAGAGGCUGAUGGAGGCCUGUGUGGGGCUAAACCUCCUGACCCUGGAGUGGAAGGAUGGCAAAGAUCUUUAUGGAAAUACAGACUUUACCAAUCUCUACCUGGCCAAAUCAAGUCCAAAGUCUCAGUUUUAUUCCAUCAAGUUCCAGUCUGACGUUUCGUAUCCAUCACUGCAAUAUUUGCCUGAUGCGGUGAGGGAAGGGAAAAACCAGAUUUCAUCAAUAUAUGGCACUCCCUCAAACAAGGUUUUUGAGACCAUUUACAGAUCAAAGGAAGAGAUGCAAACUUUCUCCAAUUUCAUGAACGAGAUCUGGCCUGUACUAGGAAGAGAAGUGCUCUCUGCUUUUGACCUGUCCCAGUUCCCACUCAUUUACGAUCUGGGUGGAAACACGGGUGGCUUAGCUAAGGAAUUAAUUUCACUCUACCCGAAAUGUACUGUGACAAUUUUUGACCUCCCUGAAGUAGUGGAAGCAUCAAAGAAACAUAAUUUGGUUUCAGAAGAAUCCCAGAUCACUUUCCAUGCAGGUGAUUUUUUUAAAGAUCCCAUUCCUGAAGCAGACCUGUGCAUUUUGGCCAGGAUUCUGCAUGAUUGGACGGAUGAGAAAUGUUUGCAGCUGCUAAGCAAAGUGUACCAGGCCUGCAAACCUGGUGGUGGCGUCUUAAUAAUAGAAAUGCUUCUUGAUGAAAACAGAAGAGGGCCUUCCACAGCCCACAACUUCUCCCUAAAAAUGUUGCUCUUCACUGAAGGGAAAGAACGAACAGCAGCCGAGUUAAAUGUGCUCCUCCGCAAAGCUGGUUUCCAAGAAAUGGAGUUAAAGAAAGGGGCCAUCUUCGAUAUUAUUCUAGGAAGAAAAUAAUGUUGCCCCUGUUUCAUUAUUGUUUAAUGUCUAAGAGGAAGUUGCAGUUAUCAAUCUCUUGAUCUGGUGAUUACAGAUAUAUUCUAUUCUUCCAAAGUCCACAGAAUAUCUAGCCG